AUGGCCACCAGCGGGAACAAGAACAUAAAUGCCAAAUUGGUGCUUCUUGGGGAAGCCGGAGCUGGAAAGUCUAGUUUAGCGUUGCGCUAUGUUAAAGGACAGUUUAUUGAAUAUCAGGAUUCCACAAUUGGUGCGGCCUUCUUCUGUCAAACAGUGGCUGUAAAUGACGCGACUGUAAAAUUUGAGAUUUGGGAUACAGCCGGUCAAGAGAGGUACAAAGCAUUGGCACCAAUGUAUUAUAGGGGAGCUGCAGCUGCAAUAAUAGUGUAUGAUUUAACUAAUCAAGCCUCAUUUGAGCAAGCGAAAGAAUGGGUGCGAGAACUGCAAUCACGAGCAGACAAUAUAUAUAUGGUCAUGGCACUAGCUGGAAAUAAAGCAGAUCUAGUAGAAGCAAGGAAGGUGACAGCAGAGGAAGGACAAGCAUAUGCUCAGGAGAAUGGCCUUUUCUUCUUUGAAACCUCAGCCAAGACUGGGGAAAAUGUCAAUAAAAUUUUCUAUGAGAUAGCAGAGGGAAUACCCCGAGUGCAGCUUGCGCAGAAGCCGGCAAGAAUGGUUCUGAUGGAUAGACCUGCUGAAAGGGCAGCAAGUUUACCUUGUUGCUCUUAG